AUGGUUUUAGUAAUAAGGGCCUUACAGACAUCGAUAGUCUUCAGGAAGGCGAUGCUCAAGCCAAUUGUAAGAUAUCCCCUUAAAAGAAGCUUUUUUGGUUUGAGCAGUACUAAUCAUACUAUUAGGGAACAGCGAUAUGUCCUGCGCAAGACCAUAAACACCCCUCCGAGUACUGUCUAUGCUGCUGUGUCAGAAGUUGCGCAGUAUAAGGAAUUUAUUCCUUAUUGUGUUGAUUCAUUUGUAGAUAAACGAAAUCCUGUGGAUAACAAGCCUGUUAUUGGGGGGCUUCGAGUUGGUUUCAAGCAAUACGAUGAGGAAUUUAUAUGCAAUAUUACCUGUAAAGAUACUGCAAACGGGAAUGACACAUAUACAGUUAUUGCGGAAACAGUAUCUCAUAAUUUGUUUCAUCUUUUGUAUUCGAAAUGGACCAUAAUGCCUCACCCAAGUAGACCAAAUGCGGCCAUGGUAGAACUUUUGUUGAGAUUUAAAUUCAAAUCUCGGAUAUAUAACAGUGUUUCUCUGAUAUUUGCCAAAACUGUAACUGAAUUGGUAAUGAAUGCAUUCGCCAAAAGAGCAUACCAUCUAGUGAGGCUAGCAAUGCUAAAACCCUCAUCCAAAGAAAGCUCUCAGUGA